AUGGAAGCAACUGGAAUUAGAAACACUGACACUAUCUUUGGUCUCAAACAAAAAUUGGAAGUUCAGCCGCAACUGAAGAGACUUAACAAGCCUGCUCUUAAAUCCAUCAAGAGUCCGGAUGGAGAUAUAAUCGACUGCGUACAUAUCAAAAACCAGCCAGCUUUUGAUCAUCCUUGGUUAAAAAAUCACACAAUUCAGAUGAGACCAGGUUCUCACCCAAAAGGGCUUUCAUUCGAUGAGAGCAACAAUGUCUCUUCAAACUCCAAGCCUGAAAUUACUCAGCUAUGGCACUUGAAUGGAAGGUGCCCAGGAGGAACCAUUCGCAUAAGAAGAACAAAAGAAGAAGAUUUAUUAAGGGUAAGCUCUGCAGCAAAUUAUGGAAGGAAAAAACACUAUACCACCCUUAAUGUUGACGAGGGUGAUUUGCAUGAGUAUGCAUUAGUUUAUGAGAGAGGAGAUAAGUAUUAUGGAGCUCAGGCAACCAUGAACGUGUGGAAUCCCCAAACCCAAAUAAGAAACGAGUUCACCUUGUCUCAAUUCUGGAUCACAGGUGGUGGUUUUGGUAAUAUUAAUACCAUUGAAGCUGGCAUGAUGGUCAACCCAGUUCUCUAUGGAGAUAACAAGACUAGAAUCUUCACAUUUUGGACUACUGAUUCAUAUAAAAAAACUGGUUGCUACAAUCUGUUGUGCCCUGGCUUUGUUCAAGUUGACAAUCAGAUUGCGUUGGGUGCAUGCCUUAGCCAUAUUUCCAUCUAUGGUGGUAACCAAUAUGAACUCAAUUUCAAUGUCUGGAAGGACGAUAAAGAUGGAAACUGGUGGUUGCAACUUAGGGGUACCAGUAAUUAUCAAUUGGGAUAUUGGCCAUCCUCCCUAUUCACGAUCCUGUCUGAUAGCGCUUCAGAGAUUCAAUGGGGAGGAGAGGUGAUAAACACACAUCAAGAUGGGAAGCACACGACAACACAAAUGGGUAGCGGCCAUUUCCCUGAAGAAGGCUUUGGCAAGGCUAGUUAUUUCAAGUUUCUCAAAGUUAAUGAUGGUACAAAAGCUCUCAGGGAUCCCAAGGACACGGGCAUAAUCAUUACACAACCCAAUUGCUAUGAUAUCCUAAAUAGUGGAAGCUCCUUCUACUAUGGUGGUCCUGGUAGAGACCCCAAAUGUCCAUGA